AUGGGUCACGAAGAAGAGAAUAAGAAGGCCUGGGAGAAGGGUGGUGCAAAGUACAGCAGCAAAGCAUACAGCGAAUACUUUGAUCCUUGUCAAGAAGCUGCCGACAGAAGUUUGAGAUGUUUACGAAGGAAUGGUGGUGACAAGGCACUUUGUCAAGACUACUUUGAAGCGUACCGCGAGUGCAAGAAGCAAUGGAUGGCAGAAAUGAAGGAGGAAAAGAGAAAACAAGGCAGAUGGUGGUGA